GGGAGAAGUGGGUGGAUCUCCUCCAAGCCAGCAGGAUCCGGCGAGAUCCAGCUUUUACCCACACCCGCCGAGUGACCCACAACAGAAGCCAACGCAGCCGCGUUGAAGCAGCGUCGCGCCGCUGAAGAGCCGCCUCGGCCGCCCAGCAUGUAAACAAUACAUGGAAGUUGGCAAGCAAUGCUGAGGCAGGCAGCAGCAGCAGCAGCAGCAACCCCCCAGUGACGGCGGGGCGCCCGGAGCAGCAGCCCCUCGCUGACCUCCCCCUGCCCAGAAGGGCCGAGUGCCCGUCGGCUUCCUCGAGGGAGAAGCGAGCGGGAUCGGAUCCAGUCAGCCGCCCGGGCGAGCAGCAGCAGCAGCAGGAGGAGGAGGCGGCGGCGGCGGGCGGAGGCUGAAGGCAGCCCGGGCAGCAGCAGCAGCAGCAGGAGGAGGAGGAGGAGGAGGAGGAGGCGGCGGCGGCGAGGAUGGCUUUCCAGCAGCUGGCCGACGCUGCGGAGAAAUGGUGCUCCAGCACCCCCUUCGAGCUCAUCGCCACCGAGGAGAGCGAGCGCAGGAUGGAUUUCUACGCCGACCCGGGCGUCUCCUUUUACGUCCUGUGUCCUGACAACGGCUGCGGGGACCAUUUUCAUGUGUGGAGCGAAAGCGAGGACUGCCUUCCUUUCCUGCAGUUGGCUCAGGACUAUAUCUCUUCCUGUGGUAAAAAGACACUCCACGAAAUACUGGAAAAAGUCUUCAAAUCAUUCAGACCUCUAUUGGGGCUUCCAGAUGUAGAUGAUGAUGCAUUUGAAGAAUAUAAUGCAGAUGUGGAAGAAGAGGAGGCAGAAGCCGACCACCAGCAAAUGGGUGUCAGUCAGCAGUGAUUUUUUUGGAGGAAAUUAAAAAUAUAUUUUAUUCUACCAGGUGGGGUCUUUAUGCUUCUGCAUUAGCAUUUUUUUUAAUUAGCACAUCACACUGGAAAAAUCUGGCUCCCAAAUCCAAGAUUUACAAAGAUAAGAGAAAGCAAGCAAGCAACAAUAUUUUUCAAAAAUCUGUGAUGAGCUUUGCAAAGAAGCGGCCUGAAUUUCACUCCUGCUUCAGUGAGGUUUCUAUGGCGUUGUCUUGGUAGCAUUCUGCCAAUGUUAACUUAGACCUAGUUUUUUUUUUCUUGCUGACUUGUCUUUUUGUUGUUUUUAUUAUUAUUAUUAUUAUUAUUAUUAUUGUUUGUUUGUACAGAAGAAUUAACGUUUCACUGACCUGAAUGUGAUUUGAAUGUAGGAAUUAUUUGGUUGGUGUGUUAAGUGCUCGCGUGCCCUUACUGAGGACCAUCCAUGCAGAGAAUAAAUGCGAUCUGCACUUUC